CAGCGGGGCCCGCGGCGAGGCCGGGGGUCAGAGCCGCACCCCAGCGGACGCGGGGGGCUGCGCGUUGCUAAGUGCCGCGCUGAGCCCGGCGCGGGCGAGCAGGGGCGGCGCGCGGAGAGCGCGUGGGAACGCGGAGCGCGUGGGAACGCGGGGCGCGCAGGGCGCGGGGCGCGCGGGGCAGGCGGCAGAGGGAGCGCGGCUUGGCGCCUGCUGCAGCGGCCGCACCCUCGCGCGGCCGGCCCGGCUGCACGAUGGAGGACUCCCGGGAGACGUCGCCGUCCUCCACCAACUCGUCGCAAGAGCUCAGCUCCGCCCUGCAGCUGUCCAAGGGCAUGUCCAUCUUCCUGGACAUACUGAGGCGAGCAGACAAAAAUGAUGAUGGAAAAUUGUCCUUUGAGGAAUUCAAAGCAUAUUUUGCGGAUGGUGUUCUAAGUGGAGAAGAAUUACACGAGCUCUUCCACACCAUUGAUACUCACAAUACCAACAAUCUUGACACAGAAGAGCUGUGUGAAUAUUUUUCUCAGCACCUGGGAGAAUAUGAAAAUGUGCUAGCAGCACUUGAAGACCUGAAUCUUUCCAUCCUGAAGGCAAUGGGAAAAACAAAAAAAGGCUACCAAGAGGCAUCCAAUUUGGAGCAAUUUGUAACUCGGUUUUUGCUGAAGGAAACCUUGAAUCAGCUGCAGUCUCUUCAGACUUCACUGGAAUGUGCCAUGGAGACAACAGAGGAGCAAACCCGUCAGGAAAGGCAAGGGCCCACGAAGCCGGAAGUCCUGUCGAUUCAGUGGCCUGGGAAGCGGUCAAGCCGCCGAGUUCAGAGACACAACAGCUUCUCCCCCAACAGCCCGCAGUUCACUGUUGGCGGGCCAGGCUUGCUAGAGGAAGAUAACCAAUGGAUGACCCAGAUAAACAGACUCCAGAAAUUAAUUGACAGGCUGGAAAAAAAGGAUCUCAAACUUGAACCGCUAGAAGAAGAAGUUAUUGAUGGAAAUACCAAAUCUCACAUCAUGCUUGUGCAGCGUCAGAUGUCCGUGAUCGAAGAGGACUUGGAAGAAUUCCAGCUUGCUCUCAAGCACUACGUGGAGAGCGCGUCCUCGCAGAGGGGCUGCCUGCGUAUUUCUACACAGAAGCUUUCGAAUGAAUCGCGCUACAUGAUUUAUGAGUUCUGGGAGAAUAGUAGUGUAUGGAAUAGCCACCUUCAGACAAAUUAUAGCAAGACAUUUCAAAGAAGUAACGUGGAUUUCUUGGAAACUCCAGAACUCAUAUCUACUAUGCUGGUUCCCGCUUCAUGGUGGAUCCUAAACAACAAUUAGAUGCCCUCCCACACAUUUCCCUAUGGUUUUAAGUGCAAGAUGCGUAUUUAAAGUGUUGCUGGUCUCUGUUGUUAUUAGUAUACUCUGUACUUUGCUUUACUAUACUUAAAGGUGUGCAUUCUUCUAAAAUGUCUUCAAUAACUUUAUUCUUUGUGAAUUUUAGCUCAGUUUUCCAAGUUCACUAGUCUCACUAUUUGCUGAUGUUUUGUUGCAUUGUAACCUGAAACCAUGUAAUGGAAAAAUCCUAAAAUGUGAGAAAAGUUUACACAUAAUGAAGCAAAAUUGUGAAAAAUAAAUUCUGUUGAAGAAAAAUAGAUAAAAUAAGCAAAUACUACUUCAUAGAACAGCUUGUGUAGAUUUGUCAUAAAGGUUAAAUCAGUGUAUUGUGAUUUUCAAAGUAGUUUUCUGUGAGUGAAGUUUAUUCCUAAAUAAUGCUAUUCCUUCAUUUUCAAUUCAUUACCCUAAGACCACUUACAUUGUAUCACUUAAAAAGUUAAUAUAUAAGCAUAAAGCAACCUUAAUUAUGAUCUAUAGAAUCAAUCAGGUUAUAAACUGGUAUUUUACAAGUGAACAAUUAAUUCUGAGGCAAUCGGUGUUCAAAUAGUAAUAUGCACAAAUAAUUCUAUCACAGCGUUUUCUGUACACACGUUAAACCAUCAAAAAAGAAGAGAAUUUUAAAUUUUAAAUUUGAAUCUGAUUCAACUUUCAUGGCAUAUGAUUUAGGUCUGUAAUCAAGAGGCCUAUCUUUAAAAAAAACAUGCAUUUACAUUUAAAUAAGGAUUUCAGAUAUUUUUAAAACAAAGUUUCAACAUAAAUGAACAAAGACGCACAAGCAUUUUAGUAAUAAAGCACUAAGGGAAAUAUGAGAGAAGACAUUCUGCUUUUCCAUUUCAACUUUAGAAUGACUUCACUAGAAUUUAAUUAUGUACCUUAUAUACUCUCCAUCCUACAUGCUUAUAAAUUAAAUAUUUUAAUUAAAAUGUUUGAUAAUAAAUGCUGCUAAUGAAAUGCAUGUAGAAAAUUGUUAGCAUGUUGUUCUCUAGUAUGAAUUUCAUUAAAACUCUAGGUCUUCCAGAAAAAAGCUACAAGUUAAAUUUUCUUGUGUGGGGAGUUUCUUGCUUUGUUUUCACUAUGGAAAACUCAGAAAAAAAAAAAGCAAGAUUGAAAACUUGCGUUUGUUUUGGGGCCAUACCCAAUGCUCAGGAGUUACUCCUGGUCCUGCAUUCAAUAAUUACUCCUGGCAGUGCUUGGAU